GGCAUCCCGACAGCAGGAAGUUAAUACCGGAAAACGCUCAUUGAAACAUCACGCCUCAAGUGAAUCGCGGACGAAUUAUAGAAAUUUAACACACGCGAUUCGUUAUGAAGAUUCAUUCGUGACUUUACAGGGGAUUAUCUAAAAAUGCUGGAGUGAAAAUGCGGUUAAAAUAUGACUGGAGACGUUAUAAACGAUGCUGUUGUGUGGAUUUAGAGUGACGUGUGUUAGUGACUGUGCAUCAGGACUGACUGACAGCUGAUCAGAUCCUCAUCUUCAGCUCUGAUCUCUGUAUAAAGCGUUCAGAGAUCAUGUUCAUGUCCAGUAUUGUCUCAUGUGUUUUCACUGAAGCUGUGCGCUGUGUUUAAUGCAGUUAAAAUGUUUCCUAAAGCCUCGUUCACGAGCCUGAUAGUGGGGUUCUUCCUCCUGUAUGUACUACACACAUGUUGGGUAAUGUUUGGGAUCGUUUACACUAAACCCUGUGAAAAUCCCAAGGGUAACGGCUGUAUUUCACCUUACCUGGCUGGUAAACCUCGACUGCAGUUGAGUGUAUACACAGCGCUGAAACCAAAUGCUGAUGGUGGACACAGUCUCAUCCACAGAGAGGAAGAAUUUGAUGUGAAUAGCAGGUUUGAGAGGUUAGUAAAUGUAUCUUUGCCGAAGAAGACAAGGAAAAAUGGAACGCUGUACGCCAUGGUGUUCCUGCACCAGGCAGGGAUGAACCCGUGGCAGGAUCCACAUCAAGUGCAUUUAGUAACACAGCUGACCACGUACAUGUUGCCCAAACCUCCAGAGAUCAGCCUGAUCACGGGUCAAGAUGAGCCGGAGAAACCAGAGCAGCAAAACCCAGGUGCUCACUCGGAGACGGACCGACCCGUUUCUCACUGGCGCUCUCGUCUGACCCUGAACGUGGUCUCUGAGCACUUUCAGUUUGAUCGUGAGGCUCUGCCUGGAGAUGUGCACCGCUACAUGAGAGUAUACCAGAGUGGCAAAAAGAUGAUUUACCUUCCGCUGCUGUUUGUGGAUGAACUCAGCAACAGAGUGAAGGAUUUGAUGGAGAUCAACAGUAGCUCUACUGAACUGCCUCUGACCAUCUCAUAUGACUCCAUCGCUCUGGGGAAACUGCGCUUCUGGAUCCACAUGCAAGAUGCUGUUUAUUCACUGCAGCAGUUUGGCUUCACUGAAAAAGAUGCGGAUGAAAUCAAGGGAAUAUUUGUGGACACAAACCUAUAUUUUCUUGCACUCACAUUUUUUGUGGCGGCUUUCCAUCUUUUGUUUGACUUUCUGGCCUUCAAGAACGACAUCAGUUUCUGGAAACACAAGAAGAGUAUGGUGGGCAUGUCCAGUAAAGCAGUACUGUGGAGAUGUUUCAGCACCAUUGUGAUCUUCCUCUAUCUCCUGGAUGAGCAAACCAGCCUGCUGGUUUUGGUUCCUGCUGGAAUCGGAUCUUUGAUUGAGGUGUGGAAAGUGAAAAAGGCUUUUAAAGUACAUGUCAUCUGGAGGGGCUUCACUCCAACACUCCUGUUUGGGAAAUCUGAUGAGUCUGAGAGGAGAACAGAGGAAUAUGACACACUAGCGAUGAAGUAUCUGUCAUAUCUGCUGUAUCCUCUCUGUGUUGGUGGGGCCGUAUACGCUCUGGUGUUUGUGAAAUAUAAAAGCUGGUACUCUUGGAUUAUAAACAGUUUAGUCAAUGGGGUUUAUGCCUUUGGAUUCCUCUUCAUGUUGCCGCAACUCUUCGUAAACUACAAGAUGAAGUCCGUGGCUCAUUUACCCUGGAAAGCUUUUAUGUACAAGGCUUUUAAUACGUUCAUCGACGACGUCUUUGCUUUUAUCAUUACCAUGCCAACUUCUCAUCGGUUGGCUUGCUUUAGGGAUGACGUUGUAUUUCUUGUUUACCUUUAUCAAAGAUGGCUGUAUCCGGUGGACAAAGCCCGAGUAAAUGAAUACGGAUUGUCUUACGAUGAAACGGCCAGAAGAAAAUCUAAAGAAGAUUAACGUCAUCACAGCACAAUGUUUUCAUGGAAUCAGCUGUCAGGAUUAAAAACACGCAAAACGGAGUGUCUGGAGAUACAGAAGAUACUACGUUUGUCAAGGGAACAUUUAUAUUGAGAUUUAUGUAGAUGAACAUUUAUUGAAAUGACUGCGAAGGUCGACCGUUGAUUCCCGAUUGACAUUCCUGAGACACGUGCGGGGGCCGUCCGACAAAGUUUAAAUGAUUACUGUAUAAUUUGUUGUGUUAAAGGAUAAUAAGAAAAUGUAUAUGAAGCUUGGUUUAAUUUUACAUAAUGUAUUUUGAUGGGACUGUUUAUUCAGUCUCAAAUAGUGUUUGGAAAUUAAGACCAUGGGUGCCAAAGACCACAGCUUCAUAAUAAUGACCUGUUUAAUUUUGAAUAUAAAAAGAUUAAUUUGAAUAACAUGACUGAUGUUUAUUUGUUCAGAGAGAUGAUGGAUAUGUUUGAUUUUGUGUUCCUUAUUCCAUUAAAAUGUUUCUGUGAUUUAUCUGCUUGAUAUCUGACAUUUUAUUAAAUAGUCUAUGCUA